UCUGCCGAAAUCAAAAUAGAAAAUGCUCUCAUAAGGAAAUUGUGUGCAGUGUGGAAUGUAUGAGCCAAUACUUUGAAUUGAGCAUUCUUCACCCUUCGGCUCACUCAUCAAUACACUAAUACCACAUUCUGAAAGUAGGUGACAGACCUUGAACAUGGUUCCAUCCGAUGUUUGUCCGACGGAAGAUGCAAUUAAGAUAUUUAUAGAGCACUUGGUAGACCCAUUGCUGCCAGCAAAGUCUUCUGUUCAGGAUUACCCAUCACCAUCUCAACAGAAGUUAGUAGCAAGACAGGUGCGAUCGGUUGUCUUACUUUACAAUUACUACCAAAGGAAACGACAUCCACAACUUGAAUAUCUUCCAUUAAAUGAAUUUUCCAAGUUGGUUGUGGUUUUGAGGCCAGCUUUAUUAGCAUAUAUGCAAUUCAUGCAAAAUUCACAUGAAGAAGAGCUCACUAACGUGGAGAAGCAACUAUCAUUGACAGAAAAGAUGAUUAUGGAAGCUUGUGAUGUAUCUAAAUCUUUAGAUGCAUCAAAGAAUGUUCCUAAUAUAGAGGGAUGGCCCAUUACAAAAGUAGCUAUCCUUUUAAUUGACAGUAAGAAGGAGAAAUGCUUUUUGCUGUUUGGUUCCAUUACCAGUGGGGUAUGGUCUCUGGUAGAAAAAAGUUUGGACACCUCCAGCCAAAGUUCUCUGAUUUCGAAAGAUCUGGACACCUCCUGCCAAAGUUCUCUGGGGUUGAAAGGUAUGGUUACCUCCAAUCAAAGUUCUGAAGUUACACCGGGAACAAAACAAUAUAAAAAGAAAAGAGUCCUUAAAAAAUCUUCAAAGGAUGAAUUAAAAGUCAACGAAGAUGUGUUUCUGCAAGUUGGGUAUUCUGCUAUAAAGGAAGCCACAGGUAUCAAUAAUACUGAUAUUUUUCUUUUGGAGAGUGGCACUAUGUAUUCUGAGAGUAAAGAGAAGGAAGCUUCUCGGUUUUAUAUAAUGCAGUGCUCCGAGACGAUCAAUGAAGAAGUUUUUGAAGUUCCUAUCCAAGAUUUAAUUAAAAGCUUGCAGGGACCUUUGGUCACUAAGAGUUCUGGAAGUUGGAUGAUCACUCCUGUAAUGGACUACUUCCAUGUGCUUCCAUGCUAUGAAAUAAUAUCAAAGUGGAUAUCCAGAGAAGCAUUCUCAAAUACUUUGCAAGAUACAAGGGUAACAGAGAAAAAUAUAAAGGUGGACACCCCUGAAGUAACAGAAUUUUAUGUAAAUGAGGACAUGUUUACCGCUCAUGAUAGUAAGCCAAACAAUGAUAAUAUUGAUUCCCCAAAGCAGAAAGAGAACACUGGAAGUUGCACACUUGCAUUAUCUGAUUCUAUAUAUGAGCCCAUGGAAAUGACCAUGAAUGAAAAUUCAAUUUUAAAAUCAAAGAUCAAAGAAAAAUAUCAGUAUAUUAUUGACAAUACUGUACAAGUAGAUGAAGAUCUUGAAAGAAAUAAUCCAUGUGUGAAGUAUAAUUUUAACGGCCCUGCAAGUACUGUCAAGGCCUUAAAUGUUGAUUCAACAAAUAUGCUCGUUACUGAAGGUGGAACCAGCAAUCUUGCUUCUUUGCACAAUAGUUAUGCCAAUAGGCCCAAUAUCUCACCUGAAAAAGGCACUGUAGAUGGCCGUAUUCUGAUUUCAAAUCAUUCUGCGUCAGAUCAAGAGGAGCUCAAAGUUCUUUCAGAUUCGAAAAAGAUAUUGACUCAAACUGCCCUAGCUACUUUGAUACGAAGGAGGAAUGAAUUGGCCCUUCAGCAGCGCAAGAUAGAGGACGAGAUUGCUGUUUGUGAUGGAAAUAUCCAGAAAAUAUUAAGUGACGGGGAAGAUAACUUUAGAUUAAAGAUUGAAUCAAUUAUAGAAGGCUGCAAUGGUACAUGGCUCUGGAAUCAAGAAAGGGUGUGUGGACAGCAAAUCCCACCUCUUAAGAGGAAAAAAUUGUCAGAGGCUGUCUUUAUCACACAAAGUUCAUGCCAGGAACUAGAUGAUAUAUGUCGCACAAACAAUUGGGUCCUGCCAACUUAUCAUCUAUCUCAAUCAGAGGGUGGAUUCAAAGCCAAUGUAACUGUUAAAGGAGUGGAGUUUCAGUGUUCAUUUGAAGGUAAAAUGGGUUCCAGUCCUUCUGAAGCAAGAGAAUCAGCUGCAGUUCAGAUGAUAACGAACUUGAGAAGUAUAGCAAAAUUAGAAGAGUGAUAUUGGAAGAUUAGAAAUGAUCUGUUUCCCUUUUUGUUACUAGUCUUUUCUAGAAUUACAUCAAUCUGGCAAAAUAUCAUGUCAGUCUUCGAUCAUUUUUACUGAAUUCUGUUAAAAUGACUGCAUUUUCUAAUCUCUUCGGUUCUGGGAUCUUGCAUUUAACACAAAUGAUAUUGAUAUGCGAUUAAUUCUUGUCAA